ACUUCAGAGGACUGAAGGUCCCCGCGCCCCUAGUGGGGAGGUGCGAGCGGGCGGGCGCUGCUGUACCUGUUGAGGCCCCGGGCUGCUGGAAACAGCGUCCACCUGCGCAGUGACCAUGAUAGUGUUCGUCAGGUUCAACUCCAGCCACGGCUUCCCCAUGGAGGUCAGCGCCGACACCAGCAUCUUCCAGCUCAAGGAGGCGGUUGCUAAGCGACAAGGGGUUCCAGCUGACCAGUUGCGGGUGAUCUUCGCGGGGAAGGAGCUGAAGAAUGACUUGACAGUGCAGAGCUGUGACCUGGAGCAGCAGAGUAUCGUCCACAUUGUGCUGAGACCCCACAAAACAGGGGAUGGAAGGGACCCCCCAGCCGGGCUUGGCUCACGAAAGGCUAGGGGCCGCUUGGCAAGUGAGCCGGAGAGCUUGACCCGUGUGGAUCUCAGUGAUUCCAUCCUCCCUGCGGAUUCAGUAGGACUGGCUAUCAUCCUGAAGGACGAAAGAGAACCAGACACCCUGUGCCCAGGAAAGCCAGGUCGGCCAUCCUACAACAGCUUCUAUGUCUUCUGCAAAGAGCCCUGCCAGCGAGUGCAGCCAGGCAAGCUCCGGGUGCAGUGUGGUACCUGCCACCAGGCCACACUAACCUUGGCUCAGGGCCCUUCUUGCUGGGAAGAUGUCUUGAUCCCCAACCGCAUGAAUGGGGAAUGCCAGUCUCCAAGCUGUUCUGGGACAAGGGCGGAAUUCUUCUUUAAAUGUGGAGCACACCCAACCUCUGACAAGGAAACGUCAGUAGCCUUGAACCUGAUCACCACCAACAGCCGUGCCAUCACCUGCAUAGCCUGUACUGAUAUCAGGAGCCCGGUGCUUGUUUUCCAGUGCAAUGACCGCCAUGUGAUCUGUUUAGACUGUUUCCACCUCUACUGUGUUACCAGACUCAAUGACAGGCAAUUUGUUCAUGACCCCCAGCUUGGAUAUUCACUGCCUUGUGUGGCUGGCUGCCGCGACUCUCUCAUCCGAGAGCUUCAUCACUUCAGGAUUCUUGGAGAAGAGCAGUACAACAGGUACCAGCAGUAUGGUGCAGAGGAAUGUGUCCUGCAGAUGGGCGGUGUGCUGUGUCCCAGGCCCGGCUGUGGUGCAGGGCUGCUACCAGAACCUGGGAUGAAGAGAGUCAUAUGCGAAGAAGGCAGUGGCCUGGGCUGUGGGCUCGUCUUCUGCAGAGACUGCAAGGAGCCGGACCACGAGGGCGAUUGCAGCACCGCAUAUGAGGCCGAGGGGGCCACUGCCCAGGCCUACCGUGUGGAUGAGGUGGCCGCAGAGCAGGCCCGCUGGGAGAAGGCAUCCAAGGAGACCAUCAAGAGCACCACCAAGCCCUGCCCCCGGUGCCGGGUGCCCGUGGAGAAGAAUGGAGGAUGCAUGCACAUGAAGUGCCCGCAGCCCCAGUGCCAGCUCGAGUGGUGUUGGAACUGCGGCUGUGAGUGGAACCGCCUUUGCAUGGGGGAUCACUGGUUCGACGUGUAGCCAUGGCUGAGGCAGCCCUGUUGGACACACCCACCCUCCGUCCCUCCACCCACCCACCCCAGUUACACGUCUACAUGCUAACAUCGGCACAGGCGCACGUACGUACAUGCACACACACAUACACACACACACACACACACACACGAAAACACCUACAAAUGCACAAUCACACACACUAUCAUAUGCCAGUUUGUUAUGUUAAUUCAAUGCAAUAGGACCUUGGGGAGGGUCUUUGCCUUCCACAAGAUCGAUGCAGGUUCAGUCACUGACAUCCUUUUAGGAGUGAUUUCUGAGCACCAUCCAGUGUGGCUCAAAACAAAUCAAAAUAAUAACGAAGGCAACUUCCACAGUCUCCUGGGUCAGUUGAAGGCCAAACGUUAUUGGGACUUAAUGGGACAAAUGGAUUAUCAGUGCUGACUACACACGUUCUGCUAAACAGCAGGAUAUGUAGAUUCUAAUAACACUGGGCUUUGGGGAAAAACUACUGUUCACUUCAUGUAUGGCUGAAAUCAUAUCCUGUCUUCUUAUAUUUCACCAGGCUGUGUGGUAAAAGAUUUAAACUAUAGACAAUGCAGCCCACAGGCAAUCUUGUAUUACCAUGGGUCAUCUCUGAAUGUAAUUUUUAGAGUAGAAAUGCAAUCUCAGGGUUUGAAUCAUCUGUGAAUGGGUCCGAGACCUGAGGUCCAUCGCGAUGAAAUAAAUGUUAUGUCCUCUA